CCUCCUCCUGUCCCCUCCCUCCUCCCUCCUCCUCCUGUCCCCUCCCUCCUCCUGUCCCUCCAUCCCUCCUCCUGUCCCCUCCCUCCUGUCCUCUCCAUUCUGUCCCUCCCUCCUCCUGUCCUCUCUCUCUCCCUCCUCCUGUCCUCUCCCUCCCUCCUUUCCCUCCCUCCUCCUGUCCUCUCCCUCUUCCUCCUCCUGUCCUCUCCCUCCUCCUGUCCUCUCCCUCCUCCUGUCCUCUCCCUCUCCCUCCUCCUGUCCUCUCCCUCUCCCUCCUCCUGUCCUCUCCCUCUCCCUCUUCCUGUCCUCUCCCUCCUCCUGUCCUCUCCCUCCUCCUGUCCUCUCCCUCCUCCUGUCCUCUCCCUCCUCCUGUCCUCUCCCUCCUCCUGUCCUCUCCCUCCUCCUGUCCUCUCCCUCCUCCUGUCCUCUCCCUCCUCCUGUCCUCUCCCUCCUCCUGUCCUCUCCCUCCUCCUGUCCUCUCCCUCCUCCUGUCCUCUUCCUCCUCCUGUCCUCUUCCUCCUCCUGUCCUCUCCCUCCUCCUGUCCUCUCCCUCCUCCUCUCCCUCCUCCUGUCCUCUCCCUCCUCCUGUCCUCUCCCUCCUCCUGUCCUCUCCCUCCUCCUGUCCUCUCCCUCCUCCUGUCCUCUCCCUCCUCCUGUCCUCUCCCUCCUCUCCCCCCUCUCCCUCCUCCUGUCCUCUCCCUCUCCCUCCUCCUGUCCUCUCCCCCCUCCUGUCCUCUCUCCCCCCUCCAUCCUCUCCCUCCUCCAUCCUCUCCCUCCUCUCCCCCCUCAAUCCUCUCCCUCCUCUCCCCCCUCCUGUCCUCUCUCCCCCCUCCAUCCUCUCCCUCCUCUCCCUCCUCCAUCCUCUCCCUCCUCCAUCCUCUCCCUCCUCCUGUCCCCCCCAGCGCCCCACCCUCACCCCGCCCUCCGAGUCCUCCCCGGGUCCCCCAGGGCCUGGGCCUCGCCCGGGACAGCGUCCGUCCGUCCCUCCGUGUGUCCGUCCGUCUCUUUGAUCUCAGGGGGUCCUUUUUGGAGUUUCUUGUAUUUUAUUGUGCCGCGGGGCGGGCUGGGGGGGUCCCCGUCCUCCCGGAGGAGCUCACUGCGGGGUCCCCGUCCUCCCGGGGGGCUCGCUGCGGGGUCCCCGUCCCCUCUGGGGGGGUCCCCAUCCCCUCAGGGGGCUUGCUGCGGGGUCCCCGUCCUCCCAGGGCUCGCUGUGGGGUCCCCGUCCCCUCUGGGGGGUCCCCGUCCCCUCUGGGGGGUCCCCAUCCCCUCAGGGGGAUCGCUGCAGGGUCCCCGUCCUCCCGGAGGAGCUCACUGCGGGGUCCCCGUCCUCCCGGGGGGCUCGCUGAGGGGUCCCCGUCCCCCAGGGCUCGCUGUGGGGUCCCCGUCCCCUCUGGGGGUCCCCGUCCCCCCGCGCCCCCAGAACUCUGCUAACCAAAGUCGCGUCAGCUGCUCGCGGCGGCCCGGCCUCGCCCCGGGGAGACCAGGCUGGACCCUCCGCGGGCCGGGGAGGCCGAGGCCCAGCGCUCAGGUGGCCUUAGGGGACGGGGGGGGGAGAGUGGGGGAGGCGGGAGAGGGAGGACGGGGAGGCCCGGUCCAGCGUCCACCCCCACCGCCCCCUCCCCUCCCCCGGCCGCGCAUGCGCCUCACGCGGACGAGAACUGAACAAAUGAACCCUCAGACCCGCGCGCGCGGGCCUCCUCCCCGUCCUCCCCCCCAAGUCUUCCCCGUCCUCCCCCCACACACAACGCGCAUGUCAUAGGUCACGACGCCAUAGGUCAUCCCCCGGCCGGGGGCCUCUCCCGCCGUUCCGAGGCUAGCCCGCCCACGGCAGCCCCGUCCCCCGCCGUUCCCAGGCUAGCCCGCUCACGCUGCGGCCCCCAUUCCCCCCCGCCGCUGUUCCGAGGCUAGCCCACGCCUGGCAGGCCCCGUUCCCCCCUCCGCCGUUCCCAGGCUAGCCCACCUAGGCCACGAGGCUGGCCCUGGGUGGUGGGACCCGAGGGGCCGCCCGGGUUUAUUUAACUUGACUCUCCGUGCUCCCACCCAUCCGUCCGCCCCGCGCCGUCGGGCCGGAGCGGGUCCCCCCGCCCGGGUCUCCUGUGCUGCCCCCGCAGGGGUCGGGGGUCCCGGGGUCCACUGUAACCCCAGACGCUUCACAAUAAAGCCCUUCCCCCCUCCGCCUGCGCUGUCCUGGGGG